CUGCAAAUCUGUGUUUUAGCAGGCAUUUUCCUUGCUUUACAGCUACGAUGGAAAAACAAAAAGGAAACAAGAGACAUAGUGCGAAUAGCUCUUAAACAGGACUUUUGUGCAUGGGAAACAUUCCCCUGGUUGGAGAAAGUCCAAGAAGCAAGAAGAAAUCGACUAUCUAAAACAUGCGCUAGACUUAAAUCUACAGCAAAAUACCAAAACAAAACAUCAGUAGACUUCCUAGUUGAUGAUGAGCAUAAAUUGUUAGUAUGUCCUAUCCUACUCAGUGGGGAUACAUUUUGGGAGUCAGUUAUACUGAUAUCAACAGGGAAAGUAGCAGAGAAGAACCCACUGAAGAUGUUAGAACCUAACAAUGUUAAAUUUCCACAACUGAGGACAGAUG